AUGGCCACUGAAUUAUUAUAAGAGAAUUAUGAAUUCAAUGCUCCACCUAGAGUGGUUUAGAAGAUGAAAUAUAGAGAGGAUAGGGAAGCUUGUAACAUUAUGUGGGAUAAGAGGGUCAUUAGAGGGAAUACAUAUUCAAGUGUUUUGAAUAAAUCUGAACCAACUAUGUAAACCACUAUAAAGAGGAUUCAAAAUACAAAAGUAGUGACUGAGAAGAAGGAAGAUGAAACUAUUCAUGAUGAAGAAACUUAAACUGACCCUAAUGUUGAAGAGUUAACUGAUAAACCACCUAGACAUCUCAAAGAAACUCAAACAGAAUUCAUAAUCGAGAAAGUUGUACCAAGAUUGUACAUGAAAGAGAAGACAGGAAUUGAUGAAGAAACUCAAGUGUGGGAUGAUGGAGAACUGUUUAAUUUUGAAUAUGAAGCUGAACCAAUACUCUAAGUAUUAGUAAGGAAAACUUUGGAUUUAAGUAGAAUGGAAGUAUUAUAAGAAGAGGAGCUUAGAGAAAUGAAGGAGAAGUAAGAGCAUUAUUAGAAAUUAAAACAAAUGGAAAUGGCUGAAUAAGAUAGGUUAGAAAAGAAAGAAUAACAGUUAUAUAAUGAGAAUAUUAAAUUAAAAUAACAAUUCCAUAAUUAAAAAUAGAGGGAUAUAAAGACACAUGAAAAAUUAGUCAGUAGAGCAUCAGCUAAGAAAUAUCUAUCAAAAUGUGUUAAUUUAGCAUUAUAAUAAUUGGAACUUAGUGGAUAUUUUAGAGAUCCUAUUGAAAUAUAAUUAGUAUCUGAAUAUUUACCUUGGAUUUAUUAGGAUGUAACAAAUGAAUUAUAGAAUUCUAAUCUUAUCCUUGUUGAAUAUAACUAAAUGUUAGAUAAUAUUGAUGAUAAAAUGUUUUAAUUACAUACAAAUACAUUAUCUUUAGAAAGAAAUCGAAGAUAAUCAAUAUUAGAUGAAAGAGAAAGAUAGAGAAUAGCAAAAGAAGAGGCUGAUAGAUAAAGAAGAGAGAGAAGAAAAAUUAGAUUGGAAAAGGAAAGAAGAUAGAAAUUAAAAGAGACAGUUCAAGAAUAAUUAAUAUCUAAAGGAGAAGAAAAAGAAUGGUUUAAUUUAAUAUCAGAUAUUGAUGGAUAUUAUUAAGGAACUAAUACUAUUGGUUAUUUGGGAGGUAUUAUUGGUUAAUUUGUUAUAAUUAUUAAUGCAUUACAAUAAGUUGGAGAAACAAUAGAAGAUAUAUCUGAAUUGAUUUCAAAUUCAAUAGCUGCAUUACCAGAAGGAACCAUAAUUGAAGUUGGAUUAAGAGAUUAAAUUGAUUAAAUGUUAGCUGAUAUUGAACGUAUCAUCUAUUAAUUAAAAUUUUAGCUGAAUUGACAUUAGCCAACUUACCAGAAUAGUUAACGUAAGGAAUUGAAAAUGCUAUCAAAUCAAAUAUUAUCUAUAGUUUAUAAUAGCAUUGGUCAUAAUUUGGAUUUCUUCAAAAUAUUAAUCAAAUUAUAGAUUUGGUUAUUAAAAGUCUCUUUGAAAAUAGACCUAAGAUCAAAUGGUCAAAAAUUAAAGGUUAAGUAGAUUUUCAAAAGAUUCCAUGCCUUGUUAAAUUAUUACCAGGAAUGGAAUCUUUACGAUUUCAUCCAAAAUCAGGAAAAACAAGAGUUGAAAAAUAAGUUGAAGAUGAAGCCACUGAAGAAGAAAUAAUAAACCCUUAAAAUCUUGGAGAAGCAAUGGUUGAUACCAAAGCAACUGCAUUUAUUCCUUAAGUAUUUAUUAUUUAAAAUUUUUUAUAGAAUGAAGAAAUUCAAACUGCUGUUAUUCAUAAUGUAGCUGAAUUCCACCUUAGAAAUUUAAUUAUAUAAUAAAUUGGUGAAUAAGAUAUACAAUGGCUUGUCAAUUUUACAGAAAAAUGUUAACAAUUAGAGACAUAAAUAAUAGAGAUUUUAAAUCCUCAACUGCCUUAAUUGGAAGUUUAGUAAUAUUGA